AUUUUACCAUUUUAGUCGGAGAGCAUAGCUGGAGCACCGACGUCGGGGUGUUCAUUCACGGUUUUAUGCAGAUCUCGCUUCCCCGUCCCCUUUCCACAGAACACACUCGCCGGUAAAGAGAACCGUUGCUCGUGUUCCAGUCGUCUGAAAGCAGAGACAAAGUGACCCGGAAGGGAAGGUUUUAUUCCGUGGUUUUCUUAUUUGUGAGCGGCAGUCACCCUGACGCACGCUGAUGGCGGUCACUAUUGAAGAUCUCUACCGUAACUACGGAAUCCUAGCCGACGCUAAGGACAACCUCAGCACGCACAAAGAUGCCUACCAAGUAAUCUUGGAUGGUGUGAAGGGUGGUCCUAAGGAGAAGCGCCUGGCAGCACAGUUUAUUCCCAAGUUUUUCAGCAGCUUUCCAGAGCUGGCUGAUGCAGCCAUAAAUGCUCAGCUUGAUCUUUGUGAAGAUGAGGAUGUUUCGAUUCGAAGGCAGGCCAUUAAGGAGCUCCCAAGGUUUGCAACUGGCGAGAACAUCCUCAGAGUUGCAGAUAUUCUCACUCAGCUCCUUCAGACAGAUGACACAGCAGAAUUCAACCAAGUGAAUGUGGCACUGAUUUCUAUUUUCAAGAUAGAUGCAAGGGGUACUCUUGGAGGCCUGUUUUCUCAGGUCCUGCAGGGAGAGGACAUAGUGCGAGAAAGAGCGAUCAAGUUUCUGUCAACCAAACUAAAGACUCUACCAGAGGAUGUCAUGACAAAGGAGGUGGACGAGUAUGUCUUUGCAGAAACAAAGAAGGUGCUGGAGGACGUGACGGGAGAGGAGUUUGUGUUGCUGAUGCGUGUGGUGUCGGGCCUUCGUGCGUUGCAGACGGUGCAUGGACGGCAGCAGCUGGUGGAGUUGGUUGUAGAGCAGGCUUUCCUGGAACAGGCUCUAAACCCAGCCGACCCUGACACUGUUGACCGUCUGAUGCAGUGCACACGUCAGGCCCUGCCCCUGUUCUCUAAAAAUGUCCACUCCACACGUUUUGUAACCUACUUCUGUGAACAUGUGCUACCCAACCUCAGCAUCCUGACAAGCCCAGUGGCUGAGGUGGACAUUCAGUUGGAGGUACUGAAGCUGCUGGCUGAGAUGAGUCCGUUCUGUGGAGACAUGGACAAGCUGGAGGCCAACGUCAACAUGCUGUUUACCAAGCUGCUGGAGUUUAUGCCUCUGCCACCAGAGGAGGUGGAGAAUGGAGAGAACUCAACAAGUGAGGAGCCCAAACUGCAGUUCAGCUACGUCGAGUGCCUCCUCUUCAGCUUCCACCAGCUGGGCAAGAAGCUGCCAGACUUCCUUCUCGACAAAGUGGAUGCUGAGCGUGUCAAAGAUUUUAAGAUCAGGUUACAGUACUUUGCCAGAGGCCUGCAGGUCUAUAUCCGACAGUUGAGAGUUGCACUUCAAGGCAAGACGGGAGAUGCUCUGAAGACAGACGAGAACAAGAUUAAAGUGGUGGCCCUGAAGAUCACAAACAACAUCAACGUCCUCAUCAAGGAUUUAUUCCACAACCCCCCAUCAUAUAAGAGCACAGUCACGCUAUCUUGGAAACCUGUGCAGAAGGCCGAGGCUGUAGUGGCAAAACGCCCAUCAGCUGAGGAGAUGGGCUCUGGGGGCAGCACAAAAAAACAGAUCUCUCCUCUGCCCCGAAGAGAUGCACGGCAAAUCUAUAAUCCCCCCAGUGGCAAGUACAGCGCCACAAUUGGCAAUUUUAACUAUGAGCGUGGCGGCUUUAGGGGCGGCCGAGGACGAGGCUUCGGAGCCAGAGGAAACAGGAGCCGAGGUCGAAUCUACUAAGAUGCACACAAAAAAUAUUGCUCAUUGAACUGCAUCACAUCAGGAUCUUUUCCACAUCGUGUUGGACUUUUUGUCAUCUACUCUUCAGUUUUUUUUAUAGUCUCCACCUUUUUUUCACUCCCCGCCCCCCCCACACACAGGUUGUCUUUUUGUUUUUUCGUUUUGGUUGGGCGGGGUUAGAGAUUCUUGUCUUCAGACUCUCGGAGAAUGGGCUCAGACUUUUUUUUUACCUGCGAUUACAACACUGACUCUCUGUAUAUCCUCUUAUCCCAGAGCCUAGUCAAAGUAAAACCUUAUUGUGUCUUUCCUUGAUUUAAAAAAAACAAAACAUUGUUCUGUGUAUUUUUGUGGAUCAAAAGACUGCCAUGUGGUAACUGAAAUAUUUUUGUCAGAUAUCUGUAGGAAAAGAUAAAGAUCCUUUUGUCUUGCAACAUGUUGAUGAAUGCAUUUCUUUUUACAUUUUUAUUUAAUCUUAUUUUUUAUUAGAGCUUAAGUUGAAUUGGCUGAUUGUUACUUUGUAUGAAACAAUGAUGUGUCAUUGGAUUUUUAUCAUAAACUUGUAUGGAACUAUG